AUGGGCCUAGGAGAAAAAGAAGUGUCUAAUGCUCGCAAGCGCAAGAUUUCUGGCGAAGCUGACGAUGGACGCGCCAUCAAGCACCGCGCAUCCAAAGCCUGUCAAUCAUGUCGAACGCGGAAAGUUCGCUGCGACGUUCUGAUAAAUGCCUCUCGCUGUAGCAAUUGCCGCCUGGACGAGCUAGAAUGCAUUACUAUAGCCUCGCGAAGGGGCCAGAACAAGCGGCGCAAAGCCGUACACCCACCGUCUCCUCGCUCGGACAAUGGAGACCACAUCGAACAUACGACGAGCACCGCACGAGCGACGGUCAAAGAUUCUUGGAAUGUGCCCGGUAGCAGCGUAGGCUCAGUCCCAAUCUGUGUGUCGUUCGACGACGAGCCCGGCAACGACAAGAACGACGAGGAUGACGGCGGGGACAGCAAUGCCACUGAUCAUCAGCUCCAUAUUGGAGAAGAUGCCGCUACCGAUCUAUCGCCUUCGACGACUUACGCCAGCCUUUUGACCCCUGAUUCACGACCUGUCGGCAACCUUCAACCGCAACAUAGCCAACGGAUUUCAACGCUCCCUGCGUUCAUCACUCCUUUGUCGAGACAUAUCUCUGGUGAAGACCUCGAAUAUCUCGAACGUAAAGGAGCCUUCACUAUACCGGAGCCAGAUCUACAGAUCGAAAUUCUACGAGCCUAUCUGUUUAGCGUUCAGCCGUUCAUGCCGAUACUGGACCAUAGGGCCCUCGUCCGCGCCGUUAUAACAAAUCGUCAAGACAACCGUGUCAGUCUGUUACUCUUCCAAGCGGUCAUGUUCGCGGGCCUACACUCUUUACAACUGCCGGUCAUCCACCGCUUGGGCUUUGAAUCAGCCAAGGAAGCUCGCUCCACCUUCUUUAACCGUGUCAGACUCCUGUAUGAAUUCGAUGUGGAGCCCGACAUCGUCGCAGUGUUCCAGUCACUCGUCUUGAUGAGUUCAUGGUAUUCGAAGUGGGACUCAAGGCGAGAUACGUGGCAUUGGACUGGGCUAGCCUACGACGUAGCCCGUAGGAUGGGACUACAUCGUGAACCGACGGCAAAGUUUGCUUCAGAAAAGGCACGACGCUUUCGAAAGAGACUUUGGUGGAGCUUCUACAUACGUGAUCGCAUGAUCGCAUUGGGGACAAGACGGCCAAUGCGAAUAUACGAUGCAGACUGUGACGUGUCCAUGCUCACGUUGGAGGACUUUGAUCUUGAACCCUUCGACGAAUGCUAUCAGGGACAGCCUCUCAUGCCUGGUGCCAAGGAGAGUGAGGCAACAGCACUCAUGUGCAUCCACCUGGCAAAGCUAUGCAUAUGCGUAGGACAUGUGGUGUCUUCCCAGUAUUCGACACUGAGUACGCAACAGGACCAAGACAUACCUCACUCUGUGAUGAUCGUAUCAAGGCGAGACGAAGGGCGCAUCGAACAGCUCGAGAGCUGUGAUCAAGAACUCAGCCGCUGGUUUGAAGAGUUUAACAGCACUGUCAACCCCACGAUAUUCCCAAGGCCUCCACAUGCUGGCCCACACAGCUGCUCUGAAGUGCAUUGGGCAGUGCUGAACAUGACAUACCAGACCACAGUCAACGUUCUACAUCGAACUUCAGCGCUCCAGCCCAGUUCCAGCGACUCGGACAACUUGACAGAGCAAAACGCCUCGAGAUCGAAAGUGAAACGGUCAGCUCGUGAAUUGACAAAACUCUCGAUGGCGAUGCUGCGUCAGGACCAACUUCGCUUCCUCGGCCUCAUUGGCGUCACAGCGAUCAUUGCAACUUACUUGUCACACGUGCUUGACAUCACUUCCGCCACGGACGAGGAUGAAGAUGCGCGUGAUGCGAGUACCUUUCGCCUGUAUCAAAGCCUCGAGGUCCUCCAGUCGUUCAGGGGCAUCUACGCUUCGGCCGAUGCUGCGGUCUCAUUUCUCGCAUCUGUUUCGCAGAAGGUCGGCAUCUCUGUACCUAUACAGGCCGAUGGGAAUAGUACGGGCAUGAGGCCGCAGAAUCAGGGCCACGGGUUGCAGAUCCAACAAGGCCAUGCGAACCAGACGAUAAAGCAGGCUGGUCCCUACUCAGGUGAUGAAUUGUCAAUGAGCAAUCGCCCUCGACAACAGUCAACUCUUGACACCUUUGAACACACCAUGCCAAUGAACAGUCUGAUGACACAAUCGAAAUCAUCCGCCCUGGCUGUUCUACCAUCAGCGAACCACACGCAGUUGCUAAAUCCCACGACGGCUGUCACAUCAUCGAUUCAGCACAGUGUUGCUCCCUUCACCGAUACACGUCUAGAUGGGAGUUCAAGUUAUCAUGGCAACACGGUCUCCUUAUUCGAUUGGGACAAUACCAUGAGCAGUAAUAUCGAUCUCGAUUCGAUGUCAUUCGAUCAUGACUUUUACAUAGAUACAUUUGGGUUUACAGACGCUCACCUUCACGGACUAUAG